GAAAAAUACGCAGAAGGAGUCAACCGCAGCCGGUGGAGGACUGUCGCUCCCGUUCUCUGUGCUGGAAGGAGUUUGACAAGCAAGGUGGGUGCAGACUGAAUUAUGCUCCAGGCGUUUCUGAGGCACGUCCGCCGCUUUCCGUGGGUCACGAAUGUCACACUGUACGGCUGCCUGUUCGCCGGGGGAGACUUGGUCCACCAGUGGUUCUCCGCUAGGGACCAAAUGGACUGGAGACAGACGCGCAACGUCGCUGUGGUGGCUUUCAGUUUCCACGGGAACUUCAAUUUCUUCUGGAUGCGUUUUCUGGAGCGCAGGUUUCCGGGAAACUCCGCCGGGAUGGUGAUGAAGAAGCUGUUCUUGGACCAGACGACUGCAGCGCCCCUGGCCACCAGCGUCUUCUACACGGGUGUCAGUUUUUUGGAGGGCAAAGAAGACAUCUUGGAAGACUGGAGGGAAAAAUUCCUGAACACUUAUAAGACCGGGCUGAUGUUUUGGCCGUUCAUGCAGUUUCUGAACUUCGCCCUGGUGCCUCUGUACGUGCGGACCACCUUCACCGGCUGCUGCGCCUUCGUCUGGGCCACCUUCCUCUGCUUCUCGCGUCAGACUGGGGACGGCACAGCCGGAGCUGCCCUGGCCUGGAUGUUCCCCCCAAAAGACGAGGCAGCCAAACCUGCCGACGACGAAACGGACCCGAAGCAAAAGGUGGAGGAAACGGCAGCGUCCAGGCCUGCAUAAUAGGAGGCCUGGAGGGAGGCUGUUUUGUCGGGAGGGGAUAAUGGAGGACACAAACUGGAUUCGUCAGGUCCAGGAGGACAGCAUGUCAGUCCUGCUUUUACUGUCUCAUUGUUUCCAGAAACACUGCCAGACCCGUCUACCGAGGUCUCCCUGAUGCUGCAAACCUCCACCAGCUUGUGGAAUGUGUUCAUAAAGCACAGUCACAGAAAUACAGCAGAUAUGAUCUAAUCUUACUGUGCAUAACGCUGACCUGUCAGCAUGUUUUAGUAUUUUAUUCAAUCAGGUUAGCACCGGUUGUUGUGUUGUUUUUCCGCCCAGUGCUUAGCUUAAGUAGCCUGAAAAAUACUGAAAAUAUUCAUGAGCAUGUCUUCUGUUUUUAAUGACAAAAACCGAUGUACAACAAGGCAUCAUUUCCACAGUGCAGAGUGGGAUCUAAUUGAUUUGAUCGAAACUUUUAACAUCUUAAAACAAAGGAGAUUACAGCCAGUGUUUAUCAGCUUUGCUUCUGUGAUCUGUUUGGGUUUCAGUUCGCACUGCGGUACCUCAACAGGGCCAGUUAGGAAAUCUGUUUUUAUGUUUAUAAUUCAAAAAA